CUGGGGGUGAUCGGGGCCAUCGAGGCGGUGGAGGCGUUGCGAGACGCGGGAGUCACGCCGCGGCAUCCGGUCGAGGUUAUGGUGUUCACCAACGAGGAGGGCACCAGCUUCCAUCGCUGGCUGCUGGGCAGCCGGGCCGUGGCCGGCCUGUGGGAGCCGGAGGACUUCGCCGCCGUAGACGACGACGGGACCAGCCUGACGGACACACUGCCGAGCAUUGGCGGCAACAUCUCGCGAGUUGAUGCCGCGCGCCGCCGGCCCGAAGAGCUGGCAUGCUACCUGGAACUACACAUCGAGCAGGGUCCUACCCUGCACCGGGGCGGGUUUCCCAUCGGAGUUGUGACCGGGAUAACCGGUCGCUCGGUGUACCACGUGGACAUCGUGGGCGAGGCAAACCACGCCGGGACGACACCCAUGGCGCUGCGGCGGGACGCCAUGUCGGCGGCGGCGCAGAUCGCCCUGGCCGUGCGCCGCAUUGCCGGCGAGAUGGAGGUGUGCCGGGUGGGCACGGUGGGCUCGAUGGACGUUCAUCCCAACGCGGGCAACGUGAUCCCGGGCCGAGUGCAGAUGGGCGUGGAGUUCCGGGACGAACGAAUGGAAUCGCUGGCUGCGGCCGAGGUGGAACUGCGCCGCACCGCCGAGGAAGUGGGGCACGCCGAGCAGGUGGCCGUGGCCGUAACGGCCCAGCGCAACACUCCGUCGGUGCCCGUCUCCGGGAACAUGCAGCAACUGAUAGCGGACGCGACCGGUAUGGCGGGACUGGAGCACGUGAGCCUGCCCAGUGGUGCGGGUCACGACGCGCAGGCCAUCGCCGCAAUUACUCCGGCGGCAAUGGUGUUCGUGCCCAGCGUGGGCGGUAUCAGCCACGCGCCGGCGGAGCACACCACGCCGGAAGACUGCGCCAACGGGGCGCAGGUGCUGCUGAACGCGCUGCUGCUGGCGGAUGAACGGUAG